UUUUAUUUAAAUAUUGGUAACCCUAACGACUCAUCCUACCAAAAUAUAUUAUUAAAUUAUUUCAUAAACGACAAUGUUGAUAAUAUUAUCUGGUGUUCGCACCAUUUUUACUGAUAAUAACAAUGAACAUGUGCUCCAUUAUUUUUAUCAGUAGUUUGUCGGGCUGUCUUAUAAACAUUAAACGGUGGCAAAUUAAGUAAACUAGAUUUCAUAAUUAUACUUAAAUUUAACUCAAAAUUUAUAGUUCAUAAUAAUUAAUACUUGGUACUCUGGUAGUAUCUACUGUCAUAUUUGCUUACAUUUAUGUAAAUGUUUAGAUAUCAAUUUUCGAUUUAAGAAAAUGUGUAAGUUCGAAAAAAUUAAGCCCGUGUAUGUGUCUUCAGCCGUAAACAGCUCACCGAAUUGUAUAGAUUGGGGCGUUAAUGGAUUAGUUAUUUAUGGUUCUUGUAACGCUGUCCAUUUAUAUGAUCCUCAAAUAACGAAUGAAAGCGAUGGACGAGUUGUUUCUUCAUUUGUUGCUCAUACAAUGCGUGUAAAUAGUGUUAAGUGGGUACAAAAUGUAGAUAGCUGUAGCCAGCAAGACUUUGUUUCUUGUUCAACCGAUAAUACAGCUAUAUUAUGGGAAGAUAUUCUACCAACAGGAUCCUAUAAAGCCUAUGAAAAACUAAUUGGACAUACUGAUGUUGUUACAAUAAAUGAUGCCAUAAGACUUUCAAAUCAGACACUCAUUAUUGUUACUGCUGCUGGUGAUUGUACAGUUAAAGUUUGGAUUAAACAUAAAAAUGAAAAUACACCCCAAUGUGUUCAAACUAUUGAUUUUGACAGUAUAUUAUGUUUGUCUCUUAAAAUUACAUUGUUAUCUGAUACGAAAUGUCUUCUAUUGGCAUGUGGUUUAUCAAAUAGCAAGAUACAGUUGUAUAUGAAUGAUUUUAGCAAUGGUGAUUCAGUAUUUCUUCCUAGCCAUUAUUUAAUAGGUCAUGAAGAUUGGGUUCGUUCAUUAGAUUUUAUAUCUGAAGAUAAUUUAGGGAAUUUAUUUCUUGCAAGCGGAUCUCAAGAUUCUGUAAUAAGAUUGUGGAAAUUUACAAUUGAAGAAAGUUAUUGCAAAUCAAAAAAAGAAUUUGAUGACACUUUAAAAUUAGAGAGUAAAACAUUUAAUGUGACUAAACAAGAUGGUUCUGACUGUAUUUAUAUUAUUCAAUUAGAAACUGUUAUAUCAGGACACGAUGGUUGGAUUUAUGGAGUGCAUUGGAAACCUAAUCUUUACACAGAGAAAAAAAUGGAGUUACUCUCAGUUUCUAUGGAUAAGACAUUGGCGGUUUGGGCUUAUGAUGAAAACAGUGGUCUUUGGGUUGAUUUAAUAAGGUUAGGCGAAGUUGGUGGUAAUACAUUAGGGUUUUAUGGUGGGAAAUUUUCUCCUGAUGGUGAUAGUAUAUUAGCUCAAGGACACAAUGGAUCAUUACAUUUAUGGACAAAAAAUACUAAUGGUAUUUGGACUCCUGGAGUUACAAUUGGAGGUCAUUUUGGAUCUGUUGAGGACAUUGAUUGGGAUCCAGAAGGCAAAUAUAUUGUUUCUGUAAGUUCUGACCAGACUUCAAGAAUCCAUGCUCAAUGGUUGAAAUCAAAUAAACCAGAUAACAAUUUACAUUCUUGUAAUUGGCAUGAAAUGGCAAGACCUCAAGUUCAUGGAUAUAAUAUGUCUAGUGUUGCUAUGUUAUCAAGCUUAAGUUUUGUAUCUUCAGCUGAGGAAAAAGUUAUAAGAGCAUUUCAAGCACCUUCCAAUUUUUUAGAAAAUAUGAGUCAACUAGCUAAAAUUAAUUUUGACUCAGUUGAUAUUACAAAAUGUCCACUUGGUGCUUCUGUUCCAUCACUUGGGUUAUCAAAUAAAGCAGUGUCCGAAGAUGACUGUAAAAAUAAUACUAGUCAACCAAAAAAGAAAGAUUAUCCAGAACAUUAUUUUAUUCCUUUGUCUUUAAAUCAGCCUCCAACUGAAGAAGAUUUAAUUCAAAAUACACUGUGGCCAGAAAUUCAAAAACUUUAUGGUCACGUUUAUGAAGUUUACUGUUUAGCAUCUUCAUCUAAUCAUAAAUGGUUAGCCUCAGCAGCAAAAGCUACAUCCUUAGAGCUCGCUUCUAUUAUAAUAUGGAAUACAGAAAAUUUUCAACAGAUACAAAAGUUAAUGUCACAUAAUUUAACUGUGACUCAACUAGCUUUUUCACCAGAUAGUAAAAAUCUUCUCUCUGUUUCACGUGAUCGUACUUGGUCAUUAUUUGAAUAUGAUGUAAAAACAAACUCUUUUGUUAUAAUUAGUAAAUCAGAUAAACACACUGGUAUUCAUACGCGAAUAAUAUGGUGUUGUGCCUGGACUCAUGAUUCUGUAUACUUUGCAACUGGAUCUAGAGAUGGAAAAUUAGUAAUUUGGGGUCAAAACGAUCAAAGUGUUGAUAGCAAAAUAACUUACUGUGCCAAAACCAAUCCUUUAAUAGUAUCAGAAAAGAGUUUUACUGCUGUAGCCUUUGCUCCAACACUAAUUAGUGAAUGUAAUAAAACCUAUUUAUUAGCUGUUGGUGCUGAUUGCGGUAAUAUUGGUUUAUAUAAAUGGAGUUAUGAAGAAAAAUCUGUUACACCUUGGUUGAAAAUUGCUGAUUUAAUUAAUGAAUUUGGACAUCAUUUAACAGUAAAGAAAAUUAAGUUUCAACCAUUACUGUAUAAAACUGACCUAAGAUAUAGAGAAGGUGUUCUACAAAUGGCAUCUUGUGGUGCUGACAUGAUGGUUAGAAUUUAUGACAUAUUUUUAAAAGAUUUCCAAUAAUUGUAUUAUUAUAUAAAUUAAAAAAUUAAUUUAACAGUUAAUAAAUUAUUAUUGUAUGAAUAUAAGUAAUAUUAUCAAAUAUCAAUAUACUAACUAAUUUCAACAGAAUUGUUUUACUAGAACAUAAGAGUUAAGAUUUACAGCACUGUUCAUUGUGUUGUAAAAAAAAAUUCAUUAAUCAAGAAUCAUGAAAACAACCAAAAUGAUAGCCAUACUAUGAAGAUGAGUCACUUAAAAUGUAAUCUAUUGCAGUCAAUUUGGUAUUUGUAUUACAACAUUUAAAUAUACUAAAUACCAAUAGAACUUUAAGUUUGAUAGUUUGAUAGUAGUUGUCAACAAAUAUUAGAUGUUGUGAUGACCAGUGGCAUAACUGGAUACAAAUGUAGGGUGGGGGGGGGGAUGAAUUAACUGACCAAAAUUAAAAACCCUUACUCCCACCACUUAGGGAGGACUUAGAAAUAACAAUUUGGUGGAUAAAGAUAAUGCUGCUUGAUUUCAUUACAAUUUAAAACUAUUGAAAUAUACACUUGAUAUUAAAAAAAAUGUUGGUAAUUAUUUUUAAAACCCUGAUUGACUUAAUAAAAUAAAGCUGGUAAGGGGUUCACGCUCUGCUGUAAGUUAGGUGUCUGGGAAAUCACUGUAGUGGAUGUGUUAAAUUUUAAUUCAAUGGUAUAAAAUCAUUGUAUACAAAAGCCUAAAGUGAGAGAAGACUGUGAGCACUAGGGGCAGAUUGAGACUAUAUUGGCCCACUAUUAUUAAAACAAAAUUCCCUUUACUAUUACAACCUAAACUUGUAGAACUUUAUUUUUGACUCUUGACUGACUUGACUACUCAGUGCUCACUAAUCACCGCAAUAAACAUGUGAUAAAUGUUUUAAAAAUUUAGGUUUAUUAGAAG